GUGUUUUUAUCUAUGGACGAUUUUGCUCGCAUCGAAGUUAACUAACUGUUAUUUUUAGUUAAAAUUUACAACUGUGAAGUUCGGAAAUAACGGUGCGAUAUGUUGAUGUGCUCUGUGGAUUAUAUACAAAACAACAAGGAAAAUCAUUAAAUAAUGACAGUUACAAUUUUCAAUGUAAAUUCGAUUCGUGAGUGCUUGAACGACAGGAUAAAAGACUUUUUCAAAAGUAUCUGAAGCAUAUAAAUAGAAUACUCAAAGCAGAGCAUAUAUAUUAUGGCUCUACCGAAAAAGAUCAAAGUUUUUAAAUAUUUAGUUUACAGUUAUGUGUUCCUCUUGGCGCUAACAGGAGCAGCUCAAAUAUUUCUGGGAACAUCUCUCUUAUGGGGACACUCGGUCUAUUAUGGCAUUGUCCAGAACAAGUUGUGGGCACCAGCCGCAAUACUCCUUUGCCUGGGACCUGUCACGUUCAUAUUGUGUUGGAUGGGCUGUCAGGCAACCAAUCAGAGGAAACGCUGUCUGCUUGGAAUGUUUGCAGCUCUUUUAGUGGCGUGUAUAUGUGUUCAAUUUAUAAUCUGUGGUUGGUCCUUGGCAAUGCGGGAAAAUCUGCCGACGUCUGUAGAGAUUUUCAUAGACGAUUCUUUUGUAGAGUUUUUAGACAAGUUUUCAAGGACUAAAGUCGACAACUUACAUCUGUGGAAUCGCAUGCAAUCUCAGUUGCAAUGCUGCGGUGUCGAUGGGCCGCUCGACUAUCGACGACUUUCCUUGCCCUGGUCCUGCUGCUCCCGGCCUGAACACGCCUACGAAUCGGCUUGUGAUACUCACUACAAGCGCGGCUGUUUGGCCGUUGUAUCGGAACAAAUCAAGAGUCGUCUGUUGAUAACUGCAUUCGGAGCUGCAAUCAUUGCGAUUCUUCAGAGCUUGGGUAUCUUCUGCGCAGUCCACCUAACCAUUCUGUUUGGAAAGAACGACAAUACCCAUCCAAUGAAUAUGAAUCGAAAAAAGAAACAGCAGCAGUUCUUACCUCUGACUAUUCAGGACAAGAGGCAUGAUUUACCAUCUCCGAUCAAUCUGUCGCCUUCAGCACCAGGACAGCGCGUUUUAAAAACUGCUCUGCCUCCGGCCAUGCAUAAAUGACAGACGAUUAGUUUUUAAUAUCUAAAAUUUAUGAAAACUCAAAAAGUUAUAAAAAUGUUGUAACCUGAGAUGGAAUGAAUAUAACUGUGACCCUCAAUGUUA